AUGCAAAAAAUCCGAAAAGGUCUCAAGAAACUUGAGACCUGCUUUUCACCUUCCUCGCUCAGUAGCUGCGAUGGGGACACCUUGGCAAGUGAAAGCGAUGUUCCUGAUCGAACCCAGGGCAAACUCAGAUUCUCGCUUCUCUUCCACAAAAAGCGCCUAGAGCUGCUCUUGACGGUCACUGGGGCACUGGGCCUCCCCAUCCAAGAGUGCGCCAACAUCUUUGUUCGGGCCAGGUUGCUGAGCUGGGCUUCUUCCCAGGCCCCUGAUCUCCAGCAGGCAGUCCAGGAAUGGCAGACACAGGUGGUGAAGAACUCCAGCGGCCCUACUUUUGGGGAUCAGUUUGUGUGCCCCCUGCAGAAGGCUGAAUUGACAAAGAGCAGCAUCAAGUUAGAGGUUAAACACUUUGACAAAUAUUCCCGGCACAUAUCUCUGGGAGAAGUGAGGGUAGCCUUGAAUACACUAAACACUUCUGAACGCAUGGAAUUCUGUGAAGAACUACAGAAAGUGACAAAGGACACAGUCGGAGAAGUGCUUGUGUCACUGAAGUACCUUCCAAUCUCUCAGAGGAUAGAAGUUGGACUACUGAAAUUUAAAACUGCAUCCUUCUAUAAUAGCCUGGAGAAACGCAUAUAUGCAAGGAUUGACAUCUUCUGCAACCUCCAUAAGCAGAAGCAUCAGAAAUCCAAAAGCAAGACUCUUGCAUCGAUGACAGUUUUCAAUGAAACCUUCCUCUUCCACCUCCCUGAGCCAGACGUUUGGGACUGUGCUGUCCUCAUCUCUGUUUAUGAGAUGCAUCCCAGCAGCAAACCGCUUUUUGGGCAGACUGUGCUGGGGAAACGGGGACCCAGCAAUAAGAACAAUCACUGGGAUCGGAUGAUGCAGACCAUCCAGCAGCCUGUAGCUGAGUGGCAUCCUUUGCUCAUUUAAAGGGAGGCUUUCACAGUGGUGUAAGUCUGGCUUUCCUCCCCAAUACCCUGAGCUGCUGCAGCAUUCAGAGCCCGUCCUCUCAGAGCUUCUGUCGUCAAAGCCAUGUAGCUGAUUUCAUGCAACACUUCAGAGUGCUUCACUUCCUUCAUUCCUGCGGGUGCUCCAUUGAGAAAAAGGACCCUUCUUACUUUGCUUUAUGGUAGCAUAGUAUUUAGUGCAGGGCUAGGCAA